GCAUAAUCAUAUUGUCACAAAAUAUAUUUGUAUCUCGCUGUUAAUUUUUUUUUCUUUCUUUCUUUCUUGGCUUCUCCCACACAUUCCUUCUCCUCUUGAUUUAUCUAUUCAUCAUGUCUACAGCCAUAUCUACCUUUUUCAAUCAGCCAGCAGCACUUUUCACAACAAAGUCUUUGACCAUCACAUCAAUCGGCCUAUUCGCUGGUGUCGCACUCUCUUUCAAUGCUAUUAUCAUGCCAUCCCUGCGCAGGGUGCCUAACACAACAGCACUUCCAAUCUGGGCGAACGCUUAUCAUAUUGGCAAAAAUCUCCAGGUCGGAUUAAUCAUGACCUCAUUGGCAACAGGCAGCAUCGUAUACUACAAAACUGAGAACCCAUACUUUAUCGUAGCAUCCAUGACCAUGACCUCCAUCAUCCCUUAUACGAUUGCAUUCAUUGCACCUAUCAACAGAACCUUAUUUGCGGUCUUGGACACUCACGAUUAUGACCUUCAAAAAGGACAAAAAAGUGGCCAAACUGUCGUUGCUCGUGAUACUGAUUUUGAAUUGGAUCAACUGUUCAUCAAAUGGGAUCUCCUUCACUUCGGGAGAACUGUUCUCAGCUUUGUUGCCUUGGCUGUGGCCCUAUAUGGAAGUUUCUCUUCUAAGGCCAUCUCAUCAAAAUAAAAAAGACCAAGUCAACCUCAAUAAAACAAAAAAUCUGAAUCCUUUC